AACGCGUUGUGACGGACGGGGCAGUUGUCCUCUGUUUGUACUUCAUGGGUUUCCGUAGUUGAAAGCGUAAACAGUGGCGCAUGCACCCUGUCGCUUUGAAAUAUCUUCUCUUUCAAGGGACCUGAUGAUGAGUGAUAUGCGUCAGUCGUUGCUACGUCGAGAUGCGCUGAGCGCCGCUAAAGAGGUUCUGACCAUGUCUGGAUAUUUAUCAGUCUGCUAAUGUGUUGUAAUGAUUCUGGGUCCUGUACCAUCUGGAUAUCUACCUGUCUGGCCAGGUUCAGAAUAACCCCUCCCCCUCGGUGGACACGCCCACUCUGGAGCUAGUGGAGGAGUUUAUCCUGCACAGGAGGAUGAGUGCCUUACAGGAGCUGCAGCUGUUGGAGAUCAUGUGCAGCUGUUUCCAGGAACAGAGUCGAGACGCUGUGAGACAACUGAUCUUCUCUGCCCUGUUCACUCUACAAGGUAACCAGGCUGACGAGAGUCGCAUGGCGUUGCUAGGCAAGCUAGUCUCCAUGGCGAUCGCUGUGGGCAGGGUCCCCAUCCUGGAGUGUGCUGCUACCUGGUUACAGAGGUCCCAUCCUGUCUACUGUAGAAGACUAGUCAGAGUGUUGGUGGAUGACUAUUGUUCCCUACUUCCUGGUUCCAUGGUUCCAACCCUCAACAACCUCAGCUGUUCCUGUCCUCCAUUCUGCUGCCAGUUCAUCACUGCUGUUACCACCCUGUAUGACCUCUCUACAGAGGAGUUGACUCCCCCUGUACAGCUGCUACAGAUGGUGGUGUCCUGGAUCCAAGACCAACCUCGAUUGGUCCUCAUCACUCUGCUGAACACGCCCCCCUCCUCCAGCCAGCCAAUCGGCUCCCUGGACCUCACACCGCUGGCUGGGCUGGUGCGCUGGUGUGUCAAAGCCCCAUUGGCUUACAGAAGAGACGGGAAGCAGGACUUGGCCAAUGGGACGACAGAGACUGAGCUGGAGGCAGGGCCUCUCUUCUCUGAGCUACAUCUCAGUGUCCUGCAGGUGUUGCUGCUCCUCCCGGGCGUUCUGAGAGAGAAGGGGCUUCUGGGUCGCCUGGCGUUGCUGCAGCCCGACCAGCUGACUUCUCUGAUCUCUGACCUCUCUGGUCUUCUGGAAGAGCUGAACCCUCUCCACUCGGAUACACAAGCACACAUCCAGCUCACUCUGGAUAGGCUGGCCCAGGCCCUGCAGGUGUCCAUGGCAGCAGGGGCGCUGCUCUGCUCUAGAGAGGACCUGAGAGCUCUCUGUUCCCGCCUCCCACACAACAAGUAAGAACCAAUCACAAUGUACCCCUAGCCCUCCCCACAACCAAUCACAAUGUACCCCUAGCCCUCCCCACAACCAAUCACAAUGCACCCCUAGCCCUCCCCACAACCAAUCAUAAUGCAACCCUCCUCCUGUCUAGAUCUGUUCUUACCCUCCCCCUGUCCAGACCUGUUCUGUCCUGUUUCCAGCCUAAGAGG